AGAAGGAGAAGGAUCCUGCCUGCCUGCCUGCCUGCAAAAGAUCUCUUCCUCCCCGGCAUAACAUCUUUACUAAGGACCGAAACAACAUGGAGGCUUGAUCUGGCUUAGUCUCUCCCUUUGGCUUUCUUUCUUUCUUCUAUUCCUGGCUCGUGGCCUCUCUCCUGAGGAAGAAGCCCAUGGAGCUGGGGAAGCCUGCAAGAGGCCUGCCGUGCCCUGGACUGGCCAAGAAAGGCAUCCCUGGCUCCCGGCCCUCGCUUGCUCCUCCUUCCCUCGGAGGAGGAGGGCUGCCUGCCAUGUGGCGACGAGGGCUCCAGGCCCAGGCCCUGGCGGCCUGCCUCCCCCUCCGGGGCUCCGGGAGCCGAGGGUCGGCCACAGUCUCGGUGUCCCCGGCCUCGGGCUUGGCGGACCGGCCUGCCAGGGUCCGGGCGGAGGGCCUGAGGCCUGGGGAGGCGGUGUCGCUGAGGGGCCUCGUGGCGGCCUCCGAGGGGGAGGAUGAGGGGGAGCCGGGGGGCAGCCUCUUCGCCUCCUGCGGCCACUACCAGGCCGACGCCGAGGGCCGGGUGGACGCCUCCCGGGAGCCCUCCCUGGGCGGGGACUUCGAGGGCCUGGAGCCCAUGGGCCUCUUCUGGAGCCUGGCCCCGGCCCCGACGGAGAGGCCCUUCCGGAGGCUGGAGCCCCGGCGCUGCAGGCCCCUGCGGGUGGAGCUCUCCCUGCACCGCGGCCACCUCCCGCCCGCAAGCCUCGUCGCCCCCGGCCCCGCGCUGGCCCAGGCCCAGGCCGAGCGGCGCUUCUCCCUCCCCGGCGGCGUCAGGAGGGUCCGGCUCAGGGAGGGCGCCCUCCGGGGGACCCUCUUCCUCCCCCGGGAGAAGGAGGGGAAUGGCCCCUUUCCAGGAGUGAUAGAUAUGUUUGGUGAUGAAGGUGGGUUAAUUGAAUUCCGAUCCAGCCUUCUGGCAACUCACGGCUUCGCUGCUCUUUCCUUGCCAUAUUUUAAUUAUGAAGAUCUCCCCAAAGUCAUGGGUGAUUUCCACCUUGAGUAUUUUGAACAGGCAGCCAGGUUUCUGCUGCACCAUCCAAAGGUUAAAGGUCCAGGAAUUGGUGUUGUUGGAACUGGGAAAGGAGCAGAAUUGGCAUCUUCAAUGAUGACCUUCCUGCCAGAAGUGGUGGCUGCCGUUUGCAUUUCUGGUUGCAGUUCUAUCACUGCCAGUGCCCUUCAUUAUGGUGAAAUGACUCUGCCUGGACUUCGCUUUAACAUGAAUAGAGUCACUAUUUCUGAGGAUGGUGUGUUUGACAUUUACGAAGCCUUAGAUGACCCAAGGGACCCAGCCAAUUUGCAGUGCCGCAUUCCUGUAGAAAAGGCAGAAGGGCACUUCCUUUUUGUGGUAGGAGAGGAUGAUCGCUAUUGGAAGAGUUCUUUGUAUGCAGAUAUAGCCAUUGGAUCCCUACGCCAGCAUGGGAAAGACAACUUUAAACUCCUGCGUUACCCUGGAGCAGGCCAUCAAAUCAAUCCAUCUUUUACCCCUGUUUGUCUGGUAGCGCUGGACCAUAUUCUAGGGGUGCCUAUUCUAGGGGGUGGCGAGAGGAAAGCGCAUGCCCAUGCCCAAGAACAUUCUUGGGGGCAGAUCCUCGAGUUUCUGCACUUCCAUUUGAGAUAAGUAACUUCAAGUAUUUGAACACUGAGACAAAGUGGAAGAGGGUAUCUUGAGCUGACUCGAGGACUAAGAAGGAAAAAGGAGAUGAAAUCCUGUAUGUUAUACAUGUUUAGCCUGGUUAAAUGAUCCUCAGAGUGCACAAUGAUUUCAUUAAAUUCCUAGGGUGCAAUGGCCUGAUACAUUUAAAGAAAUAUAACAUGGAGCACUGGGAUGAACUCUAAUGAUGAAAAUGUACAGGUGGCAUAUGAGUGGUUGUUUUCCAAUAUGGAAAUUACUUUAGGUUGUUGAACAGUAGGACUUGAUUGUAAAUCCUAGCCAUCUCAUAAAAUAUUAAGGUAGAGCACUGCAGCAAGCUAUAUUCUCAACGUAGCAAAUAAUCAGCUUGGUUUACAGCACCAGCUGCAGAAAUGACAGGGAGCUAGAGUUCUCUGCCAUUUGGAAAUCUCAUUUCCAGGAAAAAAGUGUUUUUUUCUAGAAGUUUUAUUUCUGAAAUAUGACAGUCUUUAAACACAGCCAAUGUCAGCAAUUGAAGAAGUAACCUGAGAACUGGAUAGAAAAAGAUCAAAGUAUGUAGCUGAUCUUCCAGUUUUCAGACAAAAAACCUCCAUUGCCUUGAUUCCCUAGGGUCACAAAGUGGCAUUGCACUGCUCUGGUAUUUCUGGUGAAACCACUGAAAAGAAGACCAGCAACCAAUACAAUUUAAUACCAGAAAUGCUGAUGAAGAUUUCAGUGGGAAUAUAUGCCCUAUAUUUUGAACAUAAUUUCUAUUCUAUCUAAUGAAGACAGAUAGGAUUUUCCAUUUAUCUGACAUGAACAUGGGAAAUCUACACCCUCCUGACUAAUUUCAUGUACUCUUCUAAGUCACCAGAUCUCCAGAUACUGCAAAUCAUUCUUGCCCUCAAACUGCCUUUUGGAAUUGCUGCUUCUUUCAUUGCCUGUGCACAUACAUGAAAGAUAGUCAUGGAAAAGAAAGACUAUUCUUACAAUGCUGUAAACUCUACAUACAUUUGGUUCUGGCACCACAACAAGCAACUACAGCAUUGAUUCACUUAUUUCUGGGUUCUUGUGCUAAAGAUUUCUCCCUUAAGAUGUAAUUACUUUCUGUUGCACUUCUGUACUUUGGAUCACUAGCCAAGUUUUUUUUUUUUUUAAUUUCUCUUCUACCCUACCAUUCCUCCUGAUCUACUGGACUUAUUCUUUGCCCAGAUUCCAGUAAAUUAUUUCUGUGGUGAAAGAAAAGGAAAGAACAGAAGAAGAAGGUUUUAGCUAGAUUUAACAGCUGAACAUAUGGUUGGAAAAGAGGAUGAAUUAAGAGACAUCUACAUAGUCCGUGAAAUGUUGACACAAGUAAUGGGUCACCCUCCCAGCAACAGCCUGUAGUAGGGUUUUCUUUUCUCUCUCCUGUCAGUUUUACUUACUAGAGAUUCUGGAAGAUUAUGAUUAAUUAUAGUUAACAUAAUUUCCAGAUAAAUAAAGUACAUUCUUGAGUUUGUAACAUACCACAGUUAGGGUAUGCUGUUUUGUGUGAGUACUGUAUAACGUUUCCUUAAAGAAUGGUUUGGAAGAAUGUUUUUUCAUUCUUCCAAAUAUGUGUUGCUAAAAUGUGACACAAAUUUGUUUCUUCAUUAAUACAGUGAUUGGGCAAAAAGAGUACCUUCUCUGUUUUUUCCUAUUUGCUGUUGCAUUGGCUUCAACAUGGCAACAUAUGCCUUCCUUUGUUGAAUCAAUCUACCUGAAAUGUAGUCUUCCUCUUUUCUGAGCAUUACUGCCUUUUGCAAAGAGUCAUCUCAUUUCAUGAUGCAUCUGUUUAAUUAUUUUGGCUUCUAAGGAUUAUUUGAGUUUGCUCUCACAACCAUUUAUUUGUCUUUUUGAUAAACCUACUUCAGCAAAUCUUUCCAAGAAAACCACAUGAUACACCUUACAGUUGCCACAAGUUGAAACAACUUGGGAGGCACACAACAUGAAAUUUAUAGUAUUUGUACCAUUCUCCUCCAGCACCACAUUUCAGCCUUAUUUUGGGGUAAUGUUGCUGAUGUUGAAUCACUUUCAUUUAUAGCUUUUGAAUUUUUCAAAUAUUUCCUUUCUCUGUUUCUUCAUAGUUUCUUCAUUUUUUGGAGAGAAUAUUGUAUUUGAGAAACACAGAAACAAAAUACAGUGCAAUCAGAUUACUUGGUACUUUUUAUAUAGAGCAAAGGAUAAUAUUUUAAGGGAAAAGAAAAACUUUGUGGAUGUGUAAUCCUGCAGAUGACAUUAAUUUCAAUUAAAAAAACACCAGUUUUCACAAA